AGCAGUAUGACAGUAUGCAAUACAUGUUAUUGCUAUCACAAUAAAUUCAUAUUUAUUUGAAGGUAGAGACAGCAGUAAGGUAAGAAACCUGAAGCAGCAUUCUUUACUUGCAUAUUCCCUUAGCCUCAUUGCAUUCCCAAGUCAUUUUUAAUUCCAUCCUCCCUGUAGCAAAAAGAAACGCCUUGCUUUGCUGAAUAUCAAGGAGGCUCACUGGCUGCAGAUUCACUUGUCUGUUCACUGCACAGGAUCUCUCUUUGCUGUCACUGUGUUGACAUCCUGAAAUUUAUAGCAGUUCUAGUUUCCCUUCAUUCACCGAUGACACAAUCUUUUAAACCAGUGCUGGCUAAGCUUCUUCAACUUUCUAUGGAUUUUAUGCAGUGCAUGUAAAUCAUAAUAUCCUUUCUGAGAGAUGUAAGGAAAAGGCACUUACAGAAUUUGUUUCCUAAACUCUUCAUCUUACUGUAUAAAAGAUUAACAAAAAAGAAGAGAAUAACAAUGAAUGAAAUUCAAAUAACUUCCUGGAAUAAUACCAAUGACCUACUCAAUAAAUCAUGGAGUAUGAGGAACGAAAACCAUCUCAUUAAUACAGCAGAAACAGUUAUUCUUCCAUCUUUUAUUGGAAUUAUCUGUUCCACUGGAUUAGUUGGAAAUAUCUUAGUGUUGGUUACUAUUAUAAGAUCUAGAAGAAAAACAAUACCUGAUAUUUAUAUAUGUAAUCUGGCAGUGGCAGAUCUUGUCCACAUUAUUGGAAUGCCAUUUCUAAUCCAUCAGUGGGCUCGAGGUGGAGAGUGGGUGUUCGGGAGCCCACUUUGUACUAUAAUUACAUCCUUGGAUACAUGCAAUCAGUUUGCAUGCACAGCCAUUAUGACAGCCAUGAGCCUGGACAGGUACAUGGCUCUUGUACAGCCAUUUCGCCUAACUAGCUUGAGGACAAUAUCAAAGACUAUACGUGUAAAUAUCCUUCUAUGGGCAGCAUCUUUCGUUGUUGUGUUUCCUGUCUGGGUCUAUUCAAAGGUCAUCCAGUUCAAAGAUGGAUUAGAAAGUUGUGCAUUUGAUCUAACAACACCUAAUGAUGUUCUCUGGUAUACGUUGUAUUUAACAAUCACAACAUUCUUCUUUCCUUUACCAUUAAUAGUGGCUUGCUACAUUUUAAUUCUGUGUUACACAUGGGAGAUGUACCAUCAAAAUAAAACUGCUGGAUGUUACAGCAACAGCUUACCAAGGCAAAGAGUGCUACGACUGACCAAGAUGGUUCUCGUGUUGGUGGGAGUAUUCAUUGUCAGUUCAGCCCCCUACCACGUCAUACAGAUUGUAAACCUUCAGAUUUCUAAACCAACAUUAAUUUUUUAUGUGAGCUAUUACUGCUCUAUCUGCCUCAGCUAUGCCAGCAGUGGUAUUAAUCCUUUUCUGUAUCUACUUCUUAGUGGAAACUUUCGUAAAAGACUGUCCGAAUGCACAAAAACUAGAAUGAAAAUGUCAGAGCGUGAGCUGAACAAUUUUGACAAUACUUUGAAAUCUAGCUUUUAGUUCUUUCUGCUGUUUGAACUAUUUUUAAAAAAUGUAUUACUCUACAUAUUACAGUAUAAAUUAAAGUAAAACUGUACUUCCUCAGUCAAAAAAUCAGGUAUUGUAUACAGGAAAUCAUGUAUAAUCAAUAUGGGAAAAUAAACCAACCUAAAGUGUAUCUAUCAUACACCAUCAUUUCUUGCAGUACCAUUUUGUAUGAUGUCACAUAUGUCACAUCACCAAACAUUUCAGAAUUACUAGUAAAGUACUAUAACAGGAGACUGUAGCUAGACUCCAUGACACUUAUAUUGUAAGUAAUGACUUUUUGUCAUUUCAGUGACUUGAUAAAAACCUUACUAGCAUGUCAAAACCGCUGUUGAUAUAAUCACUUUAAAAUCUAAGCCUAGUCAUUCUUGAUCUAACUUUUGAAAUUCCUGUACCAUCACUUGUAAAUCAUCAUACAGAGAGCUUUGCCAGAAUUUCUGUAAAUUUGCCUUGACAUCACAUACACUUCCUCUUCAUUUCAAAACAACAAAAUAGCUCAUUUCUAUAUGGAUUCAGAGACUUUUUUUGAGUCUGGCAGCGAAAGGCUUGUAGUUUAAAACAGACAAUGAUGAUCUGCAAAAAUGUCUACAACUUUAGUAUCAUACAACUGAAUUCUAUUAGUUUCUGUAGGUUACUGCAAUAAUGUUACUUUUUAACACCCUCAUUAAAGAAGCUUGUUGCUGCAGACAGAGGAGGUGUGUGUAUGUUGGGAACAGAGCAUUGUGGGAACUGUUCCCAACAUAUAUAUCUGUGUUAUGAUAAUAUUCCACCCUAAAAGUUAUACCAUUGAAGUUAAAACAGAAUUUAACUAUUCACUUCUUUAUCAUCAUUGGGGAGUAGCUUAAAUACACUGACAGAUUGGAGGACUGGCUUCCACUAUCCAGAUAUGUUGCCUUCUCUCUCUCCCUCCUCCACAAUCCAGGGAUGUUGCU